UACAAUAACCUCAACUUGUCAGAGCGAGUAGCAAUUUUUAUCUGUAACAAAAAAUAUUGAAAAUAUUUAGUUUUUCCAACAAAAUCUAUAAUGUCGCAAAUGGAACAGUCAGCUUGUGAAGAUCUAAAAGCCUUCGAAAGGAGAUUAACUGAAGUGAUUGCAGCUCUUCAUCCGCCUACUCUUCGCUGGAGAAUAAUCCUCUUUGUGAUAUCUACCUUAACAGCAUUGGGAGCUUGGUAUUGGCUCACGGACCCUAGAACUUCUGUCGUUCCUCUCACAGAAUCCCUCCUGAACCAUCCAAUCUUUACAGUGGGCAUUGUUAUUCUAGUAACGUUGUUUGCUUAUGGGAUUCAUCGGCUCGUUAUAGCGCCUCAAAUCAUUACAUCACGAACGAGAACAGUUCUCAAUGACUUCAAUAUGUCUUGCGAUGACACAGGGAAGCUUAUUCUCAGGCCCCGGCCUACGAAUUAGUCAAGCUACGGUAGGAAAUUUAAUAAAUUUAAGAAUUUUAUGCCAAAAAAAAACAUCUUUGAAAAAACUUAACGAAACGAUUGAUGCUGGAGAUCGCAGCGCCAAAUUUGUCAGAGUGUUUUGGUAUCCGGUGAGUGUUUGUCCCGGAAAAAAUAUCGCUUUUAACGUGGAUUUGUAGCAUUUUUAACAAUGGCAGAUGAUGAUCUUAAUGCCAUUCGUGCCCAGAGAUUGGCCGAGAUGCAGAAGCAAUAUGUAAGUGCUUAGAAAUAUGGCAAAAACUGUAAUUGAAAAGAUGCAACAUAACCUCAUUCUGGUGGAUCCUGAAUGAUUUCUAGGGUGGUUCAGAGCAGAAGCAACAAGGUGAGGCACAGGAAGAGCGUCGUCGUCAAGAGGAGGACAUGAAGAACUCCAUUCUAGCUCAGAUUUUGGAUCAAGCAGCCAGAGCUCGAUUAAACACCUUAAAGUUGAGCAAGCCAGAAAAGGCUCAAAUGGUCGAGCAGAUGAUCAUAAGAAUGGCUCAAAUGGGUCAAAUUCCUGGGAAACUAGAUGAUGCUCAACUUGUCCAGUUGCUUGAGAGUGUAAAUAGGCAAAUGCCUCGCAGUACAUCCGCCGUGAAGUUCGACAGAAGACGCGCAGCCCUCGAUUCUGACGAUGAGGAUUAUGGUUUAUAAAAAUCAUCCGGAAGCACAGCCUGCUAAUAUUCUGCAUCAAAAACGCUUGGACACCAUCCGGCAAAUCACAAAGACUCACUCAUUUAUCUCGAGGGUAAUUUAUUGUGUCUGCCAGAAUGAAUUAAAUUGUCGCAUAAUUUUUACAAAUUGCA